AUGCGCCUCGUAAUCCAGUGGCUGUCCUCCGGCUGGCUUCUGCUGGGGAUUGGGAUUGGGAUUGGGACCUGGGCUGAGGGACUCGGCCGGGAUCUGCUCACCGCGGGGCUGGGCAGUCGUCAGGAUGAGCUGAACACCAGACGACUGGCGAUGGCCAUCAGUUACCUGGCCCGGAGCCACAUCGCCAGCAGGAUCAGCACGCUGGUCGUCCGGCAGAGCUGUCUGCAGUGUUCCUACGCAAUGGCCCACCGCCAGCGGCAACUCGUCGACCAAAUCCUGGCCAGCCUCGCCCCCGACCUCAGUGUCCUGCUGCAGAGGGGCUCCCCGGAGGAGAUCACGCUUUGGGACUACACGCUCUUCGUGGUCAACGACCACACCGCUUUCGAGAGUCAGGUGUUCACCUUUCCCGACGCCAAUCUGGAGCGCGAGUUCUUCUGCGUGGUGGUGGUGACGGAGUUCCAGAGCUCCGCCACCGUGAAGCGCACCGUCGGGCGGGUGGUGGCCUUGAACCUGCUCGUGCGAUUCCUGAAUGUGGCUGUGGUGGCCCAAAUGGACGACGGCCUGGUGGCCAUCUACGGCUAUAAUCUCUUCAAGGCCAACUGCACGCCGGGCAUCACGGUGCGGCGGAUCAACCACUUCGACAGACUCACCGGUGAGCCGCUGCAGAAGAUGUCCGACUUGUAUCCGGUGCGCCAUGGCCACCUGGGCGACUGUCCGCUGAAGGUGGCCGCCAACCACCUGCCGCCGCACCUGAUCUACAAGCGGCACAUGGAUCCACGGCCACCGGGCUCCGAGGCCGUGGCCAUUCCCGCCCAGGACCUGGCCGGCAUCGACUGGGAUAUCCUUCAGCUGCUGGCCAAGGCACUGCGGUUCCGCAUCGAGCUCUAUCUGCCCAACGAGCCCAGCCAGAUCUUCGGCGAGGGCAACGUUUCCGGCUGCUUCGCUCAGCUGGCGGACGAGAGCGUGGCCAUAGCGAUUGGUGGCCUGAGUGGCUCGGACAAGCGGCGCUGGCUGUUCUCCAAGUCGACGGUGUACCACCAGAGCCACUUCGUGAUGGUGGUGCGUCGGGAUCGGUACCUCGGCCGCUUCGGCCCGCUGAUCCUGCCAUUUCGCGGCAAGGUGUGGGGCGUGAUCAUCGUCAUGCUGUUGCUGGCAGUGCUGAGCACCUGCUGCCUGAGAAGCCGCCUGCGGCUGAAGUAUCCGCUGGAGAACCUGCUGCUGGUGAGUGUGGGCAAUCCGAUACCGGCUCGCCGGCUGCCGGGCACCGGAUUCCUUCGCUACCUGCUGGCCAGCUGGCUGCUGCUCACCCUGGUGCUGAGGUGUGCCUACCAGGCGCGCCUCUUCGACGUCCUGCGCCUCUCGCACCACCGCCCCCUGCCCGAGGACCUGGGCGGCCUGAUCCGGGACAACUACACGCUGAUGUCGAACGGCUACCACGACUUCUAUCCCCGGGCCCUCACCAACCGCCUGAGCGAGUCCUUUGCCACGCGAUUCGAGCGGGUGCAGGAGGCCCAGCCUGGCGAGCGCAUCACCACGAUCGCGCUGAUUAGCAACCUGGCGUACUGGAACCACCGGCACCGGAACACCAGCAAGCUGACCAUUGUCCGGGAGCCCAUCUACAUGUACCAGCUGGUCAUCUACUUUCCGCGGCGAUCCUUCCUGCGCUCCGCCGUGGAUCGCAAGAUCAAACAGCUGCUGAGUGCCGGGGUGGUGGCCCACAUCGAACGGCGCUACGUGCAGUAUGUGGACGUGCCGGAUGUGGCCGCCAACGACCGGACUCUACUGCCCCGGAUCACCAACAAGAUUGUGGAAGGCGCCUAUCGGAUUCAUGGCCUGAUCAUGGUACUGGCCAGCGGAAUCUUCCUCCUGGAAUUUCUAUCGGGGCGCUGGAAUGGCGGACUGCGCCGAUGGAUGGAGUGGGUGCACCAGCCGUAG